CGAGAUGAAACCUGGAGACGAAUGAUUUAAAUAUCAUUAUUGAGUUAUAUGAUAGACAUGUUGAGAGAUACAAUACAAAAUCAAUAAAAAUGCAGGCUAAUCAUAAAGCACUCAAAAUAUACAGAUGUGGUAGAAUAUUUCUUGGACUUCUUCUGUUCACCAUUGUAUCAUGUCUGAUCACUAUGGAAUUAUUACGCCAUCAGCCUACAGUAAUCCUCUCAUUUCUACAAACAAAAAACCCAAAAGUUUUCUGCUGGGUGCUUACCACUCCUGGGAACCUUCCUAAAAAAGCAACUGCUGUUAAGAACACAUGGCUAAAACGUUGCGAUGGUGCAAUAUUUGUCACAUCCAAUCAUACUGACCCUAGUUUUCCUGCCAUGGCAUUAGGCAUACCCGAAGGAAGGGACCAUUUAAGCGACAAGUCAUUUGCAGCAUUCAAAUAUAUAUACAACAACCAUUUAAAAGACUUUGAUUGGUUUUUAAAAGCUGAUGAUGACACAUAUGUCAUCAUGGAAAACCUUAAACAUUUCUUACAGAAAUUUGACUCAACUGAUCCUUUAUAUUUUGGCCAGUAUAUUGGAAACCAAAAACAAAUACCAGUAAAACAGGGAUAUGCUAGUGGAGGAGCAGGAUAUGUUUUAAGCCAAGAGGCUCUUAGGCGGAUGCAAGAAAUAGGUACAAAUGACACUAAAUAUCAAUGUAGAAAAAAUACAGGAUAUGAGGAUGCAGAUAUAGGAAUCUGUCUUGAAAACCUCAAUGUGACUUUAGGUGUAUCACGUGACAAUAAUAACCAGAUAACAUUCCAUUCAUUCAAUCCACUAGGGGUAUUAAAUAUGGACCCCAUACUAGGCAAUAUUUACCAAUAUACCAAUGGAAACACAAAUGUGGGAAAAGAGAAGGGUGAAAAGAUAUUGAGUUCCAGUACAAUAUCAUUCCAUUAUGUGGACCCUGGCACAAUGUACCUUCUAGAUUUUCUCAUCUAUGACCUUAAUGUGCAUAAACUGAGGGGUGACAAUAGAUAUAUAUGGGAUAAUAACCCAAAGCGAACAUACAAAGACCUUCUAAGAACUUAGAAUUGCACAAGGAAAUC